AUGGCGGCUCAGUUCAGUCAACUGCACGGAAAAUAUGCUGCAGCCACCAACAGCAGCUCGUCAGAGUUUCAAGUUGUCCUCAAGUGCAGCCCAUUUUCUUGCUGUAUACUAUUUCUCCCAGGAACGAGGCUUUGGAGCUUCUGUUAUUUUAAUCAGCACGUCAAAGACCACGCUCGGAACACGGACCAGCUGAGCCACAGACACAUCCGCGUCUACCAGCUCUACAGUCGCACCAGCGGUAAGCAUGUCCAGAUCCUCGGCAAGAGAAUCAACGCAACUGCUGAAGAUGGCAGCAAAUACGCUAAACUGCUGGUGGAAACGGACACAUUUGACAGUCGAGUACGGAUUCGGGGAGCAGAGACAGGGCAUUAUAUCUGCAUGAACAGGAAAGGGAAACUGGUAGGCAAGCUGGUUGGCAAAGGCAAGGAUUGCAUUUUCACUGAAAUAUUGCUGGAAAAUAACUACACGGCGCUGAGGAACACCAAGUAUGAAGGUUGGUACAUGGCCUUCACCAGGAAGGGACAGCCCAGGAAGGCGACAAAAACAAGGCAGAACCAGCGAGAAGUCCACUUCAUGAAGAGACUGUUCAAAGGGGAGCCGCUCUUUCCGAACCAGGACCGCCAAAGGCACUUUGAGUUUAUCAAUUACCCCGUCACCAAAAGGACUCGGAGGACACGCCUUCCCAAGCGCCAGCGGACAUAG